AUGGUGGGAAGAAGGAAAAAUCGCGCGGCUGCGCAGCCUGCUGUCCGGACUCCUAGUAUUUCUACGCGAUCUGGACGCACAGCACAAGAUACCAAUACUAUUGCAAUUCCCACUACUCGUGGAAGAGGUCGAGGCCGAGGACGUGGUCGCGGCCGUGGCCGCACCAGUCUUCCUGGUCGUCUUCCUUCUGAAUCACCGAGACCAGAAGUUCUCUCGCGCAUCAUCAAAUUCAAAAUCCCCAAACUAAAACUAAUUCAACAUGCUGAGUCUGAUGCUCCCCAUGAGGGUCCCCAUGACGGGGAAAAUGAAAGUGCAUCCGCUAGUGCUGUCUCACAAAACCCAGAGACCCCUCGCACUCGGCGUCCUCGGCACCCUCGGACUGUUCCUGAGUCUUCGCGGACCACCCGGCAGUCAGCAAGACUGAAGCCGGAUGGAGAUGGCGUCUACGAAGAGGAUGUCUCACCAACUAAGGUCGUUGAGAGUCAAAUCACCGAGCCAGAUGAUGACAUGGACUCUCACCACUAUGAUGAGGAAUUCAAAUCCGAACCUCCAUUUCAAAAAAUAUCUCAAUCCCCUGAACCUCGCACAGUUGCUUCAGCCCCGGUGUCGCCUGGAGCUAUUCAAACCAAGCCUGCUGACGCAAAGGCGGAGGACACCCCUGUUGGUCAAAGUCCCAUUAUUUCCCAAAUCGAAGAAGCGCCGCUCGGUGCGGUGUCUUCACCUCGACUUGCGCGCAAGCGGAAGUCACUCGAAAUGCAAAACGAAACCCCGGAUAUUGAUUCCGAGGAUCCUAUGAACAAAAAGCUGCGAAUUGAUGAGACUGAACCAGAAGAGACCCCAGAGAGCCACUUACAAAAUGGCACAGAGCUUGAUACUCAAAAUGAAACAUCUCCCGAAGACAUCCCUAUUCCUUCGGAGGAAUUUGACCCCCCCGCUUACAACUCUGCUGUUCGUGGAAGCCGUGGAGGUCGAGGAGCACGUGGCGGCCGGGGUCGGGGACGUGGCCGGGGUCGUGGUCGUGGCGGUCGCGGUGGAUUCGUCGGCCCGAUUCGACCUACAGCAGUUACCAAGUCUCGAGGUAGUCGAGGACGUGGCCGUGCCAAGGCCGCUAUUAUCAAACGCGGGAAGAAAAUCGAAGACGAGAUCUGGGACGUCACCGAAAAUUGGCGUGGUCCCACUCCAUCGCCUACUCCAGAAUCAAUGCCGACAAAAACUCGCCAGGAGGAAAUGUCUGCACUCUUCAAGAAGGUUGGCCAGGCGCAGCAUGUCGCGCUGAGUUUCAUGGCCGAGCAGACCAUGAACAGGCUUGCUCGCGAGAAAAAUGUGCACAAAGAAUGUCCUGAAUUCGAUCAAGUCCAGCGGGAUCUGGAUGAGUACGAACGCAAGGCAAUUGAGAAAUUGAAUGUCGAGUACAAGAUGAACACUGAGUUGAAAACUCGGACGUACAAGGGCAACGUUCACAUUUUAAAAGACAGUUCAAGGGCGCUCAUUGAGGAAGUUCAAGACGAGAUGCUUACGAUGCUUAUGGGCAAGAUGAUGGCCCUGAUCCAGGGCCGCAGGGUGGCUGAGGACGAUGAACACACCGAGUAUGACACAUCCGAUUCAGAAGAAUCCAUUAAGCAAUUCCUUUUCCGAGACGGCGAGACGGCGGUAAGACAGGUAGAGCGUGGCUUUGCAGCGGAAGCCGUUCGAGAUCCGGAGGGGGCAGUUGACUUUGUGGCAGCGCAGGAGGGAUGGGAGGAAUUUGUUCAGAGAGUACGGAUGGGCCGCUUGAACGAGGAGAUUGCACCAGCAGAAAUCACCGACGAAGAUGCCCUACGAAGAUGCGCCAAGGAUGCUUUCGAUAGCAUGCUUCAUGCAGCCAUUUACAUCAACGAGCAAGAGGCGACUGGCAAGAUCGUCAGCUACGAUGGCACCGCUGAUUUCCCAGUGCACCCACGGGCACUCUCCAUUCUGGCAGACGCAGCUCUGACCGAGCCCCUGCCCCAGCAUCUCCCAAUGAUGCGAACCGACCCCAACACCCACCACCGUGCUCUCCUCCCCCAGCCCACCCACGCCCACCCACCCUCCUCCCUCCAUGGCCACGGGCCAACAGACCCACGGUCCUUCAUCCUCCCACGGCCCACCCCAACCCAGCAGCCGCGGCGCCUUCUCCCCGCCCGCCAGCAGCUGGGGAUGGGGCUGGGCCUGCCAGACCCGUUCGCAAUGAACGGGCCGCCGCAGCUACCCCCUCCCCCGGGCUCGAACUUCGCGCGUUUGCCCCUACCGGGCUACAUGCCCCAGGGCCACGCGCCCUCCCUGUACUUCCCGCCACCGCCGCCGCCGCCCGGAUCACACCCCCAGCCCCCGCCGCGCGGGUAUUAG